AUGGUUAGUGUAACAUCUCUUAAAGCGCGUGAAGUAUUAGAUUCCAGAGGGAAUCCUACCGUUGAGGUAGACCUAUUGACAGAAGACGGGUUGUUUCGUGCAGCUUGCCCUUCUGGAGCUUCGACAGGAGUCUACGAGGCCCUUGAACUCCGCGACGGCAACAAAAAACGCUAUUUGGGGAAGGGUGUACUGAAAGCCGUAGAAAAUGUUAACACAGUCAUACGGAAUUCAGUCGUUGGACUCGAUCCAACAAAACAGAAGGACCUGGACAACCUGAUGGUCCAGGAGUUGGACGGAACGCAGAACGAAUGGGGAUACUGUAAGUCGAAACUGGGAGCGAAUGCAAUCCUGGUAGUUUCGAUGGCAGCAGCGAGAGCAGCGGCAGCGCACCUGAGUGAGCCGCUGUAUGUGCACCUGGCCAAGCUGGCUGGAAAGACCACGGACAAGUUUGUGCUCCCACUACCCUGCCUCAACGUAAUCAACGGAGGAUCACAUGCGGGAAACAACUUGGCAAUGCAGGAGUUCAUGAUCCUGCCCACAGGAGCAAGCACGUUCAGAGAGGCGCUGCAAAUGGGAGCGGAGGUGUACCACACACUUAAGGGAGUGGUGAAGAAGAAGUACGGGCAGGACGCGACUAACGUAGGAGACGAGGGAGGAUUCGCACCAAACAUUAACUCGGCAGAAGAGGCACUGGAUCUACUGGUGGACGCAGUGGAAAAGGCAGGCUUCGUGGGAAAAGUUAAGUUUGGAAUGGACGUGGCAGCGUCGGAGUUCUUCGUGAAGGAGAAGGGAGCGUACAACCUGGGAUUCAAGUCGGACAAGGAGGUCCUGAAGACAGGAGAGGAGAUGGUGGACUACUACGCAGAGCUCUGCGAAAAGUACCCAAUCGUGUCAAUAGAGGACCCCUUCGACCAGGAUGACUGGGAACACUACAACAAGCUGACGACUAAGCUGGGAGAGAAGGUGCAAAUAGUGGGAGACGACCUGCUGGUGACAAACCCGAAGAGGAUACAAACUGCGCUGGAAAAGAAGGCGUGCAACGCACUGCUGCUCAAAGUGAAUCAGAUUGGAUCAGUCACGGAGUCAAUGGAGGCAUGCCUGCUGGCACACAAAAACCACUGGGGAGUGAUGGUCUCGCACAGGUCAGGAGAAACGGAGGACACGUUCAUAGCGGACCUGGUUGUGGGACUGGGAACAGGCCAGAUCAAAACAGGAGCGCCCUGCAGAAGCGAAAGGAACGCGAAGUACAACCAGCUGCUGCGCAUCGAAGAGGAGCUGGGCGAAAAGGCGAAGUACGCAGGAGUUGAAUUCAGAACAGUAGGACACUAG